AUGAUUUAUAGACAAGUAGUCUCGGAUAGAUCUCUUUCAGGUCAUCCCUCAUGCUUGUUUUGUGAUCAGCGUUUCUUUGACGAAGAAUUCAGAUAUAAGCAUCUUCGUAAGGAGCACUUCUUCUGUCAAUUUUGUGAAUCAGAUGGGAAACAUAUGAAUGUUUUCUUUAAGGAUCAUGGAGAACUUGUUGCUCACUAUAAGGCACAACAUUUUCUUUGUGAUUUUGAAGAAUGCAGGACUAUGGGAAUUGCAUUCUCCAAUCAAGUUGAUCUGAAUCUGCACAAGUCGAAAGAGCACAGCAAUCGUCGUAUGGCUGUGGGCCUCGACUUUCAAUUCAGUGAUCGACAACUUGCAGGACCAUCACGUUCCCGACGUGAGCCUCCCGCCGCUACACCGAUUACACGUGGGGACAAAAUUGCCGUUAUCCCGCGGGAGGAACCAUCUGCUCCAAAACGGAACACAGACGAGUUUAUGGUGGUACCUUCGGCACAAAGUAGUAGUCGCACUGUUCGUUACAAUGUUGCGCCAGCAUAUACCCCACAAAAUGAGGAUUUCCCUUGUUUGGCACCGCACAUUGCUAGUUCGCGUUCAGAUCCUGCUUUGACGACAUUACGUCCUGAAAACUUCCCACGCUUGAAUCGUGUUAAUGUUCCCGCUGGGAAACAGUUUCAACAAAUUGGAAAUGCAUCAGCUGAAAGUCCUCACCGUGAGGCAGUGCAGUCUACAUCACGACAACCCAGAAACCCUGCUCAGUGA